GUGCGUCUCCGCGCUCGAAUGCUCUGGCCUGGAUUUCCUGUUUGGGAAUGAGGGAUGCUCGGUGUUGUCCGCACUCGAUUGCACGGCCUCGCUGCUGGCAGUGCUGUGAUUCAGAGCUCCGUUUGUUCUGGUGUAGCGCCCUCUUUCUCUGUGUGUGUUGCGAUUCCUGGCUGCACUGUGUCUAUCUGUCUUUAUUGCACGGAAUAAUCCGUCUAACAACAAGACGGCAGCAAGCGGCUCGCCCAUCAGGAGGAGCGGAGCUUUUAAACAGAACAAGGUGCUGGAGGGAGGAGGAGGAGUGCGGAGGCCCCUGGCUCGCUCGCUUGCCCGCCCGUGUGUAGUCUUGUAGUCUGCGGGCCCCAGGAGAUGCUCUGUGGGCCCCUCAUUCUGGAGCUGCCUGCCUGACACCAUGGGCUGCACCUCAGCCAAGCACGUGUCCUCCGUGCCAAGUGAGGAGGAGGAGGAGGGGGGGGGCAAGGCCAAGGCCUACCAGAACGGGGACGCCUUCGGAGACCAGUACAAGCUGAAGGCUGUGGAGGAGGUGAAAUACAUGAGGAGCGGAGAUGAAGAUGGAGUGACAGCACGCAACCAGGAGAACCUGGAAAAAAGUGCUUCUUCGAACCGGAACAAAUCCCAGAAGGAUGGAUCUGGAGCGAAUUCACAGAGAGCCAAUCCUCACAGUAUCCACACAUCUGAGAGCCAACAAGAAUUCUUCCGAAUGCUGGAUGAAAAAAUCGAGAAGGGUCCAGACUACAGCUCUGAGGAGGAGAAGGACAUCACAUAGUGCUCUGGAGGGGACUGCGUGGGACGCUGCUGGAUAGAGACUGGCAAACAGGACCCCUUUUUAAUCCCAGCAAGGGGGGGGUGGAGUCGGACAGCUGGGCCCUGCACCCCCCACCUCGCUCUGGCUCUUUCCCAGCCGCUCCGUUUUUAAUCUGCUCUGUGGGUGGUCCCGGCCCGGACCCCCGCCUCCAGGAAGGAACUCUUUGCUUCUGUCGCAAAAAAAACAACCUCCCAGCCCACAGGUCACAGGUCACAGGUCACGCUUCCACCCUGGGGAGGUCACUCAGGGCGUGUCCCAUAUGUCACCUUGGAAACGCAGAUACUCGGCUUCACCCCUUCCGGCUCGCUGCUGGAACUCUGCUCCACACGGACUGGGAUUUUCUUUUCUAUUCAAAUAAAUACUCUGCUGUUUUUAA